AUGAUUGCGCAAUCGAAAGAUGCUGGUUCCAACGUCUUGGUUCAAAAGGGUAGCAUUAUGGUGUGGAAAGUCGAAAAUGAAGUUGAACUCCGCACUUACCGGUACUUGAGCGAAGACCCGUUUGUCGCUUUUGGGGUUUGGGAUAUGGAACAUGCUACUCUUAUCCCGUUCUUGUGCGCAGUGAGGAUGGGGUUGUGA